AUGAGCCUAACAUUAAAGUAUUAUUUCUGCAUUUUGGUUCCUCAUUGCCAGUCUCGGUCCCCAGGGUCUGAUUUAAAUAGGCCUGAUUUGUGUGGCUAUUUUGUUUUGAAUGUAUGAUAUUCCUUGUCAAAGAAGAAAGGCAUUAAUAAAGAUGAAGACACAAAAAGACAAAUUUCCACUUGUUUGUCGGGCCCAUAGGUCGGGCCCCACCUGUCAUGACUCUGUUCCCCACUAGUGGGGCCCGUAGACAGUGGACUGAGACCAUUCAUUGGAAGCAAAAAUGCGCAAAAUUUACGCAUGAAGGUUGUUUUCAAACCCAUGACCCGGAUGUAGUAGUAUACAGAGGAAUAUUUUCUGCAAUAAAGAUGCAAGUUGGAAAGCUGUGCGAUUGAAAAAAGCAAUGUCUUAAAUAAAACUGUUUAUUGUGCAACACACUGUAUCUGUUAUACCUGCAUUAAAGAAGGACACAUACAUUAAUCUACUUGCGGUGAAAUUAUUUAAACGCUUAAACACGUCAAGAAGAUGAGUGCCGAGGCCGCAGACCGGGAGGCGGUUACUGGCAGCAGACCCUCCACGCCACCGCAGACCUCCUGGUUCGAGUUCAUUUUGGACGUGGAAUUGUUGGAGAAACAUUUACAAAAACCCAACCCAGACCCGUCACCGGUGACGCUUGUUAUUCAGUUUUUAGAGCAGGCUUCCAAGCCAUCUGUGAAUGAACAAAACCAGGUGCAACCACCAAUAGAUAAUCGCAGGAACCGGACCCUAAAGGUUUUGGCCCUGAAAGUUUCUGCUCAUCUGAAAUGGGACCUGGAUGUACUGGAAAAGGGGCUGACCAUUCCUGUUCUAAACAUGCUGCUGAAUGAACUCCUGUGUGUCAGCAAAGUUCCUCCCGGUGUCAAGCAUGUGGACCUGGAUCUGUCCUCUCUACCUCCCACCACAGCCAUGGCUGUCAUCAUAUACAACCGCUGGGCUAUUCGAACGAUUGUGCUAAGCAGCUUUCCUGAGAAACAGACAAAACCAGGACCACAUCAGAUGAACAUGAUGAAUCUGGUGCAGCAGGAAAAGGAGUUGACCGAAAAUAUUUUGAAUGUGCUGAAGGAGCAGGCCUCAGACUCCAUAAUGGUGCUGGAGGGGGUUCUGGCCAUUAAGAAGGACUUCUACCUCCACACUGUCCGCACACUAGACCUAUUGGCUGCUGACCCGUCCACAGCCAACGGAGAGACCGAAUCCUCCACCGCAGGCCUGUGCAUCAGUGCCGACGAGCUCCACUGCCAGGUACAUUAUGAUCUAGGGGCAAUAUACUUCCAGCAAGGCGGCUCUGACCCAUCUGCCUAUGAGAAGGCCAGGGAGCACUUCAGGAGAGCCAAGGAACUCCACGCAAAGAUGGACUCUGGGGCGCUGCACUGCCACCUGGACGAGAAGCGGCUGGCCGGCUACUGGAGCGCCUGCAGGGCCCUGACCGGGGCUUCUGACCCCUCAGACACACAGCUGACCCCCUACGGCCAGAUCAACAGCUUCAUCCGCUCACACAACCACCAGGCCCUGGUGGAGGCCUUUAUGAAGGACAACAUUCAGCUCAGCUUGCCAAACAGCUUCAGACAUUCAGUUCUGCUUGAGUUCCAACACAAAGUGCAGCUUGGAGACCGGACGCUGGACGAGGUGUGUCAUAAGCUGUGUGUGUGUAACGCGGUGCGGGACGCUCUGGAGGGUCAGGUGCUGAGUGUGAGCUACCAGCAGCUUCUGCUCAAGCCCAGUAAACGAACAAUCAGCUUCCUCCUAGAGGUAUGCAGCAGGUCACUGGAGAAAGAUCGUGUGUCUGAUGCUGCCAAGAGAAAUAUGGGCAUUUUCCUCAAGAACCUGUGCGAGGGACUGGAAGAAGUGCCUCUGGCCUACAUGGUCUCAUCCCACCGCGUCUUCAUGGAGCUGCUGCCGGACGAGGAGAAGAAGGCUCUUCUCGAGCACCUCAGGAAACGGUCAUCCACCGUCAACCUCAGCGCCAAACCCCUGCCCUCCUUCUAUGACAUCCCAGGUACGACCAGCUCUACCUCAGCGUCUGCCAAUGUGAGCAUCGGUCAGCUGGAGCAGCAGCUGGUUCUCUCUCUGGACCCGCGGCGGAUCCGCCAGAUCCUCAUCGAGCUGCACGGCCUGGCAGAGCGGCCAUUCUGGAGGGUCAGCAGCAAGUGGGAAGUCCCUGUAGACUACAUCAACGUGAUCCUGGCCAUCAAAGACAACCUGACCCGUGACCUGGUGUACAUCCUCAUGGCUAAAGGACUCCACUGCAUCACUUUAAAGGACUUUGGCCAUGCGCGGCAGCUGUUCUCAGCAUGCCUGGAGCUGGUGACAGAGUUCUCCCCGAAGCUCCGGCAGGUGAUGCUGAACGAGAUGCUGCUGCUGGAGGUGCGCGCCCACGAGGCGGCUGCCGCCCAGGGCUCCACCGACAAGCCCACGCCCGACCUGGUCAGCCGCGUCAGGGGAUACCUGGAAAUGAGGAUACACGACCUCCCUCUGCGUCAGAUAGUGGGGGAGGAGUGUGUGGCCUUCAUGCUAAACUGGAGGGAGAACGAGUACCUCACACUGCAGGUGCCCUCAGCACUGGUGCAGAAUAACCCCUACAUCAAGCUGGGUCAGCUGCUGGCGUCCACCUGUAAGGAGCUGCCGGGGCCGAAGGAGAGCCGGCGGACGGCGAAGGAGCUGUGGGAGCUGGUGGUGCUCGUCUGCAGCGUGUCCACGCAGCACAAGCGCGCCAGCGACGGACGCCUCAGCCUCAUCAAGCACCGCGAGUACACGCUCGGCAUCAUGCCCAGGAAUAGAUUCAUCACCUUCAUCAAGAAGCUGAGGGAACCCUUAGUUCUGACCACCCUCAUCUCGCUGUUUGUCAGACUGCACAGCCUAGUACGGGAUGAUAUUGUUAAUGAGGUGACAGCUGAGCAUCUGUCCAUCUGGCCGUCCACACUGGCUAACAUGCAGGCAGUUGACGUGGAGGCGGUGGCUGUGACUGUUAAGGAACUGGUGACCUAUGCCCUGACCCUCAACCCCAACAACCAAUCUUGGCUCAUCACGCAAGCAGAUAUCUACUUCGUUACAGGCCAGUAUUCAGCUGCCAUGCAUUACUACCUGCAGGCUGGGGCCGUGUCUUCAGACUUCUUCACGAAGGCCGUUCCUCCUGACGUCUACACUGAUCAGGUCCUGAAGAGAAUGAUCAAGUGUUGUUCUCUGUUAAACUGCCACACUCAGGUGGCUGUUCUAUGCCAGUUCCUGAGGGAGGUCGACUACAUGACGGCGUUUAAAGCGCUGCAGGAGCAGAGCGGUCAUGACGGAAUGGACUCGUACUACGACUACAUCUGGGAUGUGACCAUUCUGGAGUAUCUCACACAUAUCCAUCAUAAGAGGGGUGAGACAGACAAAAGACAAGUAGCUAUCAAAGCAAUUGGCCAGACUGAGCUCAAUGCCAGCAACCCCGAGGAUGUGCUGCAGCUCGCCGGCCAGAAGAGAAAGAAGAAAUUCCUCCAGGCCAUGGCCAAGCUCUACUUCUAGCUCAAAAACACACCUGUCUUGUACAUUAGUGCCAUUUUUUUUUUUAUUUCUCAUUUGGGCAUGAGAAUAAACAAUUUUUUUUUAUAAA